AUGAAAUUAUCACCACCCAAUUUAACUAUAGAUAUACCCAUUAAAGAUAAUGAGACACCUCCAAAAUCAUUAGAAACACCAUUACAGCAUAAAUCCAUAAAAUCAUUAAAUUCAAUAUUAGGACCUCCAUUAAACAUCGAAACAUCAACAAAUACAACUUCUAACUCGACCUUUGAAAAAAUUACUCAAUUACCAACUCCAAUUUUAAGUAAUGGAUCUUUUUCAAAUAUAUCUUCACAACCUAUCUUAUCUUCUCCACCAAGAGAAUAUAAAAUUAAUAAUAAUUCAUCACCUAGGGUCAUUUCAGAUUAUAAACCGCCUAUUAGACAUAAUAGUUUAAAGUUAAAAUCUAGAAUUGUAUCAAAUCCACUUGUUUCAACACAACAAAGUAGAACAAAAAAUGAUUCAUCCUCAUCAUCCAUCGAAUCUCCAUUGACACCAUCAACUUCACCAAUUUUGAUAUCUAAAAAUUUCACAACUGAAAUCUUUUAUUCCUCAAAAUUAAAUUGUUCAUUUCAUUUUGUUAAACAAUUGGGAAUGGGAAAUUUUUCAACUGUAAUCUUAGCAAGGGAAAACACAAGUGGUUUAGAAAUUGCAAUUAAAGUUAUUAGUAUCCCAACUGAGUCAAAGAAUCAAAUAUAUAAUUUUAAAUCAUUUAUAAGGAGAGAAUUGAAUAUCUUAAAAUUUCUAAAUAAUCAUCCUUGCGUAAGCAGGUUGAUUGAUUAUUCAAUUACAUUAAAAAUAUCAAAAGAAGAGAUUGAAAAUGAUUUAAUAGAAGAAGAUUCGCCAAAUGUUGAUGACAUAAUGGAUAUGGACAAUAAUGAACAACUUAUAUUUAUGAAUUGUUGUCAAGGUGGUAAUUUAUUAAAUUUUUUACUCGAAAAUAAUCAAUCAAAGAAUAAUUUAAUAUAUUGGAUAUAUGCUAAACGAAUAAUUUGUGAGAUAUUGAUAACUAUUGCAUAUUUACAUAAACAUAAUAUAAUUCAUCGAGAUAUAAAAUUGGAAAAUAUUUUAUUAUUAUAUAAUUUGAAUCAAAUUGAGACUAUAUUUGGAAACAAUCAGUCCAUGGAAACUGCAUUUAUUAAUAUUAGUGAUUUUGGCUUAUCUAAAAGAUUAAAAGCUCCCGAUCAAUUAUUAUCAACUAGAUGUGGAUCUCAAGAUUAUAUAGCUCCGGAAAUACUAAUGGGGUUACAAUAUAAUGGAAAAUUGACUGAUGCUUGGUCAGUUGGGGUUUUGAUUUAUUCAAUCCUUGAGAAUAAGUUACCAUUUGAUAAUCAACCACAAAGUAACACAAAUUCUUCAUAUCAUGAUCAGAAUAGAAUAAGUCCGAGCGUGUUGAAAAGAAGAAGAAGUAAGAAAAAUUCACCAGCUCAUAGAAUUGCAAUGAUUGAUUGGGAAUGGAUAAAGAUCAACGAGGAUUACAUUGAUAAUGAACCAAAUGUAAUGAUAAAGCAAAUUAUAAAGGAUUUAAAAAAAUUAGUGGAAUUGUUAUUAGUAAAAAAAAGUGAAAGAUUGACUUUAGAGCAAUUGAUUCAAAAGUUUGAUUGGAUACUGGCUACAGUACCAGAAUUUAUUAGAACCAAAUAG